CGCCGGGCGUCCCAAGCGCGCAGUUGCUGGGAGCUGUCCCUCGUAUCGCGCCCCAGGUCGAACACCGGGUCUUCGCGUAUAACUGACAAGCGACGACAGCUCGCCGAGUACGAGAUAUCGCGCGAAUAAAUCACUCGUGGAAAAUCUCGCGAGUUUAUCGCGGGGAAAUAAGAAAUACGGUGUGUAUCCUCCCUAUUUCUUCUAAAAAAUAAUCGAUAAUAGACGCUUGUUGACCACGUUUGUUGACUCGAAGAAGUGACAUUACGGAUCCCUCGACUUGAGACACGCCGUCGAGGAUGCAUCGCGGUGAUAUAAUCUUUUACAAAAUUCUGACCUAGCCUCAGAGUACUAAGCCCUCUUGAUGAAAAAUCGCACUGAGGAUCCCCCGGAUCAACGUGAGAAGUGCUUUAACGCCUGUCCUCGCUGGACUCCCGUGGGACGGAACGAGUGUCGUCUCGGGGUAAUUGGCAGUGACUGGAGAGACUUGACUGGUGAACCGAUAGAAUGCGAAUGCGGAUCUUAUACUCGUGACAUCGAAUUUGUUAAUCGGAUACCGGUGAUGCAGCUACAUGCUGGAAGGGGGAAGGGGAUGACUGUUAAUUUCCUACCGAGGAUGGUGGCGGUCUUUGUUUUCGCUUGCCUUCUACUGCAGAAUGGUCGGGCGACAUUCGCAGCGUUUACCACUGUUACCACCAUCCCUGAUCCCGAGUUCGUCGACGAAAUAGGAAACAUUACAGUACCAGCAGGACGGAAUGUCAAACUGGCAUGCAGCGUGAAAGAUCUUGGCUCAUUUAAGGUGGCCUGGAUGCUUUUCGACAAGAGCGCUAUCCUGACGGUACAGAAUCACGUUAUUACCAGGAACCCCAGAAUAUCCGUGUCGCACGAUAAGCACAGGACCUGGUUCCUACAUAUCAACGACGUGCACGAGGAGGACAAGGGAAAGUACAUGUGCCAGAUUAACACUGCUGCCGCCAAAACGCAAUAUGGCUAUCUACACGUCGUAGUGCCACCGAAUAUCGAUGAUUCGCAGAGUUCGUCGGAUGCGAUCAUUCGCGAGGGCGCCAACGUGAGUCUCACCUGCAAGGCGACCGGAAGUCCGACGCCUAGUAUUCGUUGGAAGCGGGACGACGGUACCAAAAUCUCGAUCAACAAAACUUUAUCUGUGGCAGAAUGGGAGGGCGAAACGCUGGAAAUGGCGCGGAUUUCGAGAUUGGACAUGGGCGCGUAUUUAUGCAUCGCCAGCAACGGCAUACCACCGACGGUUAGCAAGCAGAUCAAAGUGUCGGUCGACUUCCCCCCUAUGCUCUGGAUACCGCACCAAUUGGUCGGCGCGCCCCUGGGUUACUCCGUAACUCUGGAAUGCUAUACCGAGGCUCAUCCGACUUCUUUGAAUUACUGGGCGAGGGAGGACGGCCUAAUGAUUCACGAGAGCAGUAAAUACAAGACUGUGUCAGUGCCCGACAAGCCAUCCUACAAGACGCACAUGAAGCUGACGAUAAACGAUAUACUGAGGGAAGACUACGGUAGCUACAAGUGCAUCGCCAAGAACCCACGUGGAGAAACCGACGGGACGAUCCGUCUGUACAUGUCUGCACCGCCAAGUACCAGUCCUAGCCCGUCUACAACGGAGGUUCCCAAAAAAGAUUGGGAAUUCAUGGCGGAGAUGAAUAACUCUGUUUACGGAAAUCCAAGUUCGCUGACAAUUCAAAAUGAGAAGAAUAUCAAGACAGGUACCAAGUUCCAGUCGAACCUGAACGAAAUCGGAAAAUCGGAGCAGAAGUCGUCCGAACUGGACAGAAAAAGAAAUUACAACUGGCCUCCCGAUAAAGAUUCAGCAACGGGCGUGAUGACGACCGUGACGCUACUACUAAUUGCUCUGGCCGUAACGAUAAUUCGAUAAGCAAGAACCCGAAAAA